GAGUUUAGGUACUAUACGAGUACCUACCUAUAAAAUUUGUAUUUUGUUGUAUAGUGGUUGUACUACCUUCUACCUACCAACAUAAAUAUUUUAAAUCUGCUCAAUAAAAUUGUAUGACUUGGAAGAAAUGUAAAAAUCAAAUGUUCGUUAUUUUAUACCUAGAUGGCUAGAUACCUAUACGGCUAUACCUACCUAUAUAGUAUGAUGAUUGAUGAUGACUCUAUAUAAUUUUUUUAUGAAAGAAAAUAAUUGUAUACCUACUUAUGUGUUGUUUUAUUUUAUGUUUUGUUUAAUAGGAUGUGUAGGGACGCUAUCCAACCACAUCCACCGCCGCUUGCUUCCGUCGAAGUACGAAGUGCGUUUAAAAGAUAUAACAAGUCGGCUAUGGUGCUUAAAGGAGUCUCCCUGACCGUCCGUAGAAAUACAAUUUAUGGUCUAUUAGGACCCAGUGGAUGUGGAAAAACAACACUUUUAAAUUGUAUAGUCGGAAGAACGAAAUUGGAUAACGGUGUCAUCAAUUUAGAAUCAAAUGUGAUAGAUGAUAUUGGUUACAUGCCACAGGAUUUAUGUCUAGAUCCUUUACUUAGCGUCGAAGAAAUUUUUUUCUACUUCGGAACAAUUUUUGGUCGUUCUCGAAAUGAAAUUAUUAGUCGUUACAAAUAUUUCAAUGCUUUAUUUGACUUGCCUGAACGAAAAAUGUUAAUAAACAAUUUAAGUGGAGGUCAACAACGGAGAGUUUCCCUCGCAGUGGCUCUUCUCCAUAAUCCAACUCUUUUAAUAUUAGACGAACCUACUGUUGGUUUGGAUCCAAUACUGAGUGAAAAAAUCUGGUUACAUUUAUCUGACUUGUCUUCGGAAGGCAAGACAAUUAUUAUUACUACACAUUAUAUCGAAGAAGCUAGAAGAGCGCACACAGUUGGUAUGAUGAGAAGUGGAAUAAUACUAUCAGAAGAUGCUCCGGACAAUUUACUGAAAUGUUACGGAUGCUCAACUUUAGAAGACGUGUUCCUCAAGUUGUGUGUGAUUGAUACGUCAAAAGUCAUACAAGUAAAUAAUUUGUUUUCUUCUGGGCUCGAACUUCGUUCCAGCACCUGUAAAAUAUACUUUCUAAUGUUAAGUACCUAAUAUUAAGUACCUACCUAUCUACCUAUCGGUUGUUUAUAUAUUAUUAAGUAUGGAGAUUGGCGCAACCAGGGGAUGGUUGUGCUAUAAGUAGGUACUGGCACGAUGCAUAAUACUUAAAACGGGAAAAAUUGAAUGACUCAAUGACAAAAUAAACGUAGGUAGAGCAACUAUACAGAGUGUCCCGUGGGCCGUGAGGGUAUAUACCCAUUAGCCGUAAAAAGGGACUCUCCGCCCGGACAAUAAACGGUUUUUUGGUGUUUUACCUAUAAGCAAAACAAUAUUAAAAAUCAUGAGGUUAAUGAAAAUAUAAUGUUGAAUGUUGAAAAGUCAAAAUGUUCACAAAAAUGAACUCUAUAAAAUGGCUUUCUUCAAUUGUUUCUAAA